AUGGCUUCCGCCGCGGCCGCGCCGCGACCCCCGGCCCCGGCUCCGGCACCUCCGCCGCCGCCGCCCCCUCCUCCGCCUGCGGCGGCGGUGCACUGGCUGGGCCCGCGGGUGUCGUUCAGCCUCGAUGACGCGGAAGGCGGCGGCGGAAGGGAGGCUGCGGCGGCGGGAGGGAAGGCCGGGGCAGGGCCCAGCGCCUGCGCCGGAGCCGGCGCCGACUUCGAGUUCCUGCUCGGCGGAUGCGCUGCGGCAUGCUCCAUGCUCCCCGCCGACGAGCUCUUCUCCGGGGGCAAGCUGGUCCCGCUCCGCAUCCCCGCGCCCGCAGACGAGACGGCGGCGGCCGGGGCGAGUGUGGGGGUGGGGGUGGGGGUGGGGGUGGAGGUGGAGGAGGUGACGGCAAAGUCAGCGCUGCUGCCGAACCAGGAGCAGGCCCCGGCGCCGGAGACGCCGCGGGCCGAGGUCGAGGCGGCGGCGGAGCCCAAGAUCCCCGCGAGGAGGUGGCGGGAUCUACUGCGUCUGCGGAAGCAGCAGGCGUCGUCGUCGUCGGGGGCCCCGGCGGAGCCGAGGCAGCUGCGCCGGCUCCUCCGCCGGGGCCCGAAGCCGCCCGAGCCGGAGCCGUCGCUCAGCCUGCCGCUGCUCCGCGAGCCCGGCCCCGAGGAGCCCGAAACCACCAAGGCCGCCGAGAAGCCCGCUCCUGCAACCGCAUCUUCGUCGUCGUCGCAGCACCAGAGCCUGCUCCCUCCCAAGAUCCGCCUGUCCCCGUCCGCGUCCGCGUCGCAGCAGCAGCAGGCGUCGGCGUCCGCGGCGACGUUCCAGUCGCAUUCCCCGUCCCCGUCCCCGUCCCAGUCCCAGUCGCCCCCGCCACCCCCGCCUCCGCCGCCUCCCCCUCCAUCGACGGUGGCGGCCGACAGCCCACGCCUGAACGCGGCGGGGAAGGUGGUGUUCAACGGCCUCGGGCGGAGCUCCAGCAGCCCGAGUAGCCUGGCCGGCGGUCGGCGCCACCGCAACGCGGGUCCAGGCAGCGGCGGCAUGGAGCGGUCGUACUCGGCGCACGUCCGCGUGGUGCCCGUCCUCAACGUGCCCGUCUGCUCCCUCCGCGGCUCCCGCAAGUCCGUCUCCGUCUUCGGCAUCGACCGCCUCUUCUCCCCGUCGGGCGCCGGCUCCGCCUCCUCAUCCUCCUCCUCUGCCGGCUCGGCCAGGAAGAACAAGGCCGCCAAGAAGGACGUAGCCCCCGGCGCCAGCGCCGGUGCCCAGUAA